AUGAAAAUCAGGGGGUUGAAGGGUUUGGGUAUUGAUUUACUCAAUAUUGGGACCAGAAACUUCGGUACAGCCACCUUUGCCCUGUUGAAGAAGCUUUCUAUCCCUACAGGAAGUUCAUGUGUGGGUUACACUAAGGGAUUGCCUAUAUUGGGACCAAUGACCAAUAGGAGACAUCUCAUCACUAAAAAUGAUAUUUUAUCCCAACUUAGAAACGGCCACAACUUGGUUUACCUGGAUAACAGCAAAUCGGGAAAGUCAUUUUCCGCUUUCAUAUAUGCAGUGGAAAAGGCUCGCUCAACUCCAAACGAACUAUCGGUUAUUGUGGUUCCUAAUCAUAGCUUAUUGUUAAAAUAUAAGUAUUGGUGCAUAGAAGCGACAAGAAGUAUUGAUAAAUUAUCCAUAACCAUCGUUGACAGAUCUUUAAAUAAGGAUGUGAUAUCCUCGAAUCCAGACGCAAAAGAUGUUCCUCUGAGGGGAGAUUCUCUCGUUACCAAUGGUUUCAGAGGGGACUGUAAUUUUAUCAUCUUACAUCAACAAGCAUUAGAAAAGCUUUCCACAAACCCCAUAUUCCUCAAAACGAAUCUCAUGAUCGUGGAUGAAGCGGACUUCACCAUUUCAGGAAUCAUGCACAGUAAUAACUCUUUUGCUAUUACCACCACCCCACCUAAGGGAAAGUUCAAAUUAGUAUUGGAAAAUUGUAUCAGGGAUAUCAGAAUCCAAAGACUGAAAAAAAGGAAUAUGUCACCCAUCCAAUUUUGUUUCCUUUUGCAUCAACAUCAUCCUUACAACAAGAACUAUUCUCAAACUAUCGGAACAUUCGAUAUAUAUGAUCGCAUCGGAGAAAUUAUAAAAUUAAAUAAUGGAGAAUUGAAUAUAACCCAUGGCGAACAAGCGAAAUUCAAAAUUUCAAGUAACUUCAGUGUUAAACAAUUCUUCGAUAAGACCCACAAAAAAGUAAAUGUGGCUUAUAGGUAUAUCGAGGAAAAUAAUGGAAAACCUCAAGUGAAGGGUAUAUCCCUUGAAAAUUACCCUGAAAAAUCAAAGUUCACUGAACAUUUCAGGAUGCAGCAAGUCAAUUUUAAGGAAUAUUAUCGUUCCCUUCUUAAAUCUUCUUCGAAACUUCCUCAUUAUGGAUUAGCCGAUAAAUUGGAUGUUGUUAUCUCCCAAUUCAGGAAGACCUUCAAAAACAAUGAACCGAUUUUAAUUGUCGUUCCUUCGUCAACGGGGAUUCAUUCGGCCGUUGUAGGAUACAAUAUCAAGCCAUUAGAUGAAAAGGUGGUGGGAGUAAGACCAAUCAAAAGCAUAACGAAGCCAUCCUUGUUUACUUCGCCUAACUUAAACUUAGCCCCUGAUUAUCUGACUAUUCGAGAUUUUUUCACUUUAGAUUUCAAGAAACUUGGAGGAGAUAAGAACUGUACAUAUAAUUUACUAUUUCCUGCCAACGAAUUACCAGGAAUGGAUAUCAAUAAUGUCAAAAAUAUGAUUUUGUUGGGGCAAGUGACACUGGUUGAAAUGGCGGGAAUACAAUGGGAGAAGACUCAACUCGAGAAGUGUUGCAAAUUAUUGCCAGGCUUGAAACAUCCAUUGAACGAUUUAUAUCAAUAUUACCUUUCAAAGUUCGAAUUGGAAAAUGGUAAAGAAGCCAAUUUGAUGGUUGUUCAGGAUUGGUACGAUCAGCCCAAUGAGAAUGACUUGAAGACUUUAAGGAAUCAGAUUUUGGCCAACGAUCUUGGUACCUUGACCAAUGACAUAAGAAUGCCUGGGGACAACAUAUUAGAUUUUGAUAAGCCCUAG